AUGAGCGGCUUCCUCAUCGCGUCGUCGUCUGCGUCUGCGUCUGUGUUUCGUUCUGAAAAGAGCGGCGUUAUUCGAUCGAGAUCUUCCGCGUUUGCUUCUUCCUCUUCUCCUUCUUCUCUUGGGAAAAAAGCAGCCACAUUUUGCACUCUUCGAUCUCUUCCGUCGUCGUCGUCGUCGUUCCGGUGUCGUCGUCGAGUUUCCGUCGGCGUCCGCGGUUCCUCCUUCGACGAGAACGAGAAGACCGGCCUCGACGAACAACAACAAGAAGAAGAACAACAACCGCGCGAAUUCGACACUUUGAAAGAGCUGGAAAAAGACGUGCUCGCGUUCCAAGCGCAAGACUUGUCCAACCCGGAGAAACAGAAGCAACGAGAAAAAGAUAUGCAAAAAAAGCAGGGCGUGGACGCGUUCAAGGAAGGCGUCGAUCAAUUCUUACUGUACGAUUUCUUCGUCAUAUUAUUCAUAUUAGCGUGGUUAGUGUUUGGCGUGGGCGUGAGAUUAGGGGUGUAUAAGCAAGGAUUGAGUUACGACGAGCCGGUGUUGGGGACGUGGUUGUUUCUGUGGCCGUUUUUGUUUCAGCCGCUUUUGGGAGUUCACAUGUUGGCGACGUUGGUUUCGCCGUUGAUCGGGAAGUUGAAGGAGAAAGGGAUAUUGGGCGAAGAUGCUUGGCAGUGA